UUGUUUGUGUUUUUGUAUUGUGGUGUUAGGUGUUUGUUAAUUAUUUUCAUUACUCGUAAAAUUAUUCGAGAAUAUUUUGAAAUGAUAAAAACGAAGCCCUGGAACGGAGGAACUGAUGAAGAAUAUGAGACCCAACACUUCGGCUUCGGUACUCAGCGACUUAAAAUAGCCGUGCGCCAAAUGGUGGAGCAAAAAAUCCGAACGGGAGUGAAGGACAUGGAGUCUUACUUACAUGAAACUUUGGAUCUGAACGAUACGGAUAAAGCUACGCUAACUCGUUCCUGCGACAAGUUGAUUCGACUGUAUUGCGACCGAACGGAACCUUCGCUUGGGGUCAUUGAUGGUGAAAUAGAAAGGAUUCUAAAUGUGCCUUCACAUGUAGUCUUACCUGCGGAUGAAGUUCACCUUCAUGAAAUAAAUGACGAGGAGUAUGAGAAGUUGAAUGAUGAAGUGGCAGAUUUGCGAAAAAGGGUGGAAAGGGGAGCGCUCAUGGAAGGUUUGCUUACUGCAGAAGUGGAAGAAAUUGCUUCCAUUGAAAAUGUGUGUGAAACAGCCAAAAAAGAUAUGGAUGUGCUAGAUUUAUUUAACAAAAACAUUGAAAGCAGUGCUGUGUUGAAAACUGUUCAAAAUGAAACUCAGUUUCUGUGUAAUAGUGUAGCAUUUAUGGAGAAAAGUGAAACUAAUGAUGAUGCACUGUUCUUUGAGUGGAAACAAUGAGAUUUUAUAUUAAUAUUAAUCAUGUAUGUGCGGGGAUACAUAUUAUUAUUUCAAGUACCUUUGUUGUAUUUGCAGUAUAAAAGUUCUUUAUGUGGCUAUUUCUAACUUUUGUAACAAUACUUGUAAUUUAAAGUUUCUCGAGAAUUGAAAGUGUAUUCUCAUGUAUUUCUAAACAACAAUAGGAUUUAUUUCUUUCUUAAAUCUUUUAUUAUAACAAUUUGAUUUAAACAGGUUUAAUUACCUAUUAGUUUCCUUAAGAACAAUUUAGAUUUAUGAAUGUAUGAUUGAAUAUUGAAUUACAUUCUCAUAAUGAAAUAAAACAUUGCAAACAGA